AUGAGAAAAUUUGUUUCACGCUCUCCAAUUACCAAUGAAGUGUUAAAAAGUUUUGAUUUUGUUACUGACUCUUAAGUGAAGAACUAAAUAUAGUUGGCUAAGAAGGGUUUUGAUACUCAUAAAAAGUUAAAUUUUAAGUAGAGGUCUGAAAAAUUGAUGAAUUUGAGCUAAUUAAUAACCACAAAUGCAGAAAAAUAUGCUGAAUUAAUUACAACAGAAAUUGGUAAACCGAUCACUUAAUCUUUAGGAGAAGUAAAAAAAUCUGCUGCUCACUGCCGUUAUUACGCUGAAAAUUUAGAAAAAAUACUUAAAAUUGAAAGAGUAAAAACAGAGGCUAGAAAAUCAUAUGUUAUCCACGAACCUUUAGGAACUAUUUAUCAAAUAUCCCCUUUUAAUUUCCCUUUUUGGUUAGUGUUUAAAGGAGUAAUUCCCAUUAUGUCUUCAGGUAAUGGUGUUUUAGCAAGAACUUCUGACUCUACUCCAUUAGUAGGAUUAGCAGUAGAAGAGUUAUUUAGAGAAGCAGGUUUUGAUAGUAAUGAAUUUUAAAAUAUUUUUUCAAGUCCUGAAUAGCUUGAGAAUAUCUGUGAAUCUAAAUUUAUUCAUGGAGUUUCUUUUACAGGAAGCACUUAAGCUGGUUCUAAAAUUGCUUAAGUUGCUGGAAAAUAUUUGAAGAAAUCAAUAAUGGAAUUGGGUGGUAGUGAUCCUUUCAUUGUUUGCUUUGAUGCUGAUUUAGAUUUAGCAGUAGAAUUAGCUGUUAAGAGUCGUAUUGCAAAUGCAGGUCAGGUUUGUAUUUCUGCUAAAAGAUUUAUAAUAUCUGACAUUAUAUAUGAUAAAUUUGUUGAAAAGUUGACUAAGAGAGUUCAAAAUAUUAAAAUUGGUGAUCCUUUCAACCCUUAAAUAGAAUUAGGUCCUCUUGCUAGAAGUGAUUUACUUAUUAAUUUAUAGAAAUAAAUUGAAUAAAGUGUUUAGUAAGGAGGUAAAUUAUUAUAUGGAGGUGAUAGAGCUAUUAUCCAUGGUUUAGAAAAGGGUAAUUUUAUAAAACCAGCUAUCGUUGAAGUAAAUUAGGAAAAUAUUCUUGCUUAAUAAGAAACGUUUGGACCUGUAUUUGCUUUAUUAAGAUUCAAAAAGGAAAAUGAAGUUGUGUAGAUUGCAAAUAAUAGCUUGUAUGGAUUAGGUGGCACAAUUAUUAGUAAAGAUAUUGAUAGAGCUGAAGAAUUAGCCAAGCAAAUAGAAACUGGAUCUGUUUUCAUAAACGAAAUGAAUAAAACAGAUUCUAGAUUACCAAGCGGAGGAUGCAAAUUAAGUGGAUAUGGAAGAGAGUGUUCUCAUUUUGGUACAUAUGAAUUCACAAACAUCAAAACAAUUUGGAUUUCUUGA